CACACAGAAGGUCCUCAGUUCGAGCCUGGGUCAGAUCACAUUUUUUAUGUUUUACACUUAAGCUAGACCCUAGACCACUGGCACCAGUUGAAUCGCUUGUUUCUCCUCGUCGAUGAAUUCACAAUGACCACGUAUCUUUACGAACUCCCAACCACCGGCGCCAUCUCUUUUGGAGACUUUUGCGUUGACAGCACGGCCUCCAAUACACAUGCAAGUCACAUUGCUGAAGCCACCCAGGCCCGAGCGAACCUGCGCGGUAUUCUCAAAGUGACCAAACGCACUGAAAUAGACGACAAGGAUUAUCUACGCUUGAUCAAGGUUCUCGAUGACUACCUCCCGUACCUGCAGGGGAUCAUGGCCUGUGUCGCAUCUGGAGACAUUCGUCUAAAAUCUGAACCCAAAUUCAGCUGGCGCACGACACUGUCCGCACAUCUAUUUCACACGUCCCCAAGGAUCGCACUUGUAUCGCUACAUGCGGACCUUGCAUCCUCGUUGCUCACUUACGCCUUUGCGCUGUCGAAUUUCGCCCGUGUCACGGUCGCGAGUCUUGGUUCUUAUGAGCAUGACCGGGCGAUCUCAGAUAUCGAGAGAAAGGCUAAGGAUGAGAAGCUCAAUUUUGCGGUGACCCUGCUGUGCAGAGCGAGCGGAAUUUUUACCUAUAUGAGCGAGAAGGUCCUAUUGGAUUGGGAUACAGCCGGGGAGGGCGCGUCGGGUAGGCCGCCCGAUCUGAGCAAGGAGGUCAAUGCUGCACUCGCAAAGAUGGCACUCGCUGACGCACAAACUCUGGCAAUCCGCAAGUUUCUCUCCAAAUCUGCAUAUGACAGCGCUGUAUCCCCUGGCCCUCCGCUUCCCAAAUCACACCCCUCCAUCCCGCUCAUAUUUAAAUUCCAUCUCGAGUGUGUUUCGCUAUAUUCCUCUGCGCGUACACUUGCCAUGACGCCCGGCUCCGCGCGCCCAUCCUCCCCGUCUUCUAACCCAGACUCCAAUGCAGAAGUCUGCGUAGAGCUGCGCCGCUACCUUGCAGAUGCAACAGCGUUUCAUGCGGCGCUCGCGCACAAGUGGCUUGGUGUUGACGCAGGAGAGAGUGGGGUGCAUGAGAAGGGCGGGGAGGCUGUGGCAUGGUUACUAUGGGCGAAGAAGGAGCUUGAGGACAUGAAGGAGGGUGGGAUUGGUAUUGCAGUAGGGCGGGGCCGCGAGGGGAGAGGGCGCAAAGGACGUGUCGCGGAUGAAUUAGAGAGUGUGGGUGUGUUUUUAAAACACUACAAGAAAAUCAAUGAUUCGUUGACAUUUCAGCCUGUGCCAAAGCAGCAGGACUUGCAAGCGCAGAUACCUACGGGGAUUUUGGCAGUCCAUGCGAAGCCCUACAUACCUCCUUCUCCAGCAUUCGGACCUGGAUCCCUCGAGGAUGCACGUUUACAGACGGAAGCACUAGCACUAGAAGAGGAUGAUUCAUCAGGCGACGAGGUAGUUGCUAGCCGCGCCGGUCCCCGCACGUACGCAGGAGCUGGUUCGUACUUCUAACCUGUGUACAAUCCAGGCUAUAUCGCAUGUCUGGUAAGUAAAGGUAUGACCAACAUAUAAUAUCCACUUGUAAAUCAGGUUUCAAUGGAAAUGACGUCCCCUUCUGUCAUUUUACAAUCAGUAUCGUAAGGCAAGAAGCCCCACUCCUCCGACUUGAAAUGAAUGUUUAAUGGAUGCGAG